UGCUUGGUAGCUUCCUCUGGUUCUUUCCCUCCCUCGUUCUCUUUGACGGUUGACCCCAUUCUCUCUCUCACAUUCUUGUAAUUACGUACCCGUCAGAACAUCCCCCUCUCGCUUUUCAACUUCCCUGAAUUUUGGAAUCCCCAAUCUUCGCUGCUCCAAACAACCACAAUGCGCACUUUCACUUUCUUCCAGCGUCUUUCUAAAGCUUUCCAUGGCUACGACUCCCACUUCAAGCUUGUACUCCUCUGCACCACCGUUAGCGGUGGUGGACUUUUGGCAUACGGCGAGGCGGUAGCUCAAUCGGAAGCGGCGGUAGUGAAGGAGGAGAAGAAGAAGGUGGUGGUGCUGGGGACAGGUUGGGCAGGGACGAGCUUCUUGAAGAAUCUGGAGAAUCCCAGAUAUGAGGUCCACGUGGUGUCUCCUCGCAACUAUUUUGCCUUCACACCUUUGCUUCCUAGUGUCACGUGCGGCACCGUCGAGGCCCGUAGCAUCGUUGAACCCGUUCGCAACAUCUUUAGGAAGAAAAAUGUGAAAGUAGACUUCAGUGAAGCAGAAUGUCUCAAGAUUGACGCAGCAAACAGGAAAGUUUACUGUCGAUCAAGUAUAAGCAAUAAUUCGAAUGAAAAAGAUGAAUUUGUUGUGGACUAUGACUUCCUCAUCAUAGCCGUGGGAGCAAAUGUAAACACAUUCAAUACUCCCGGGGUGGUGGAGAAUUGCCAUUUCUUGAAGGAAGUUGAAGAUGCACAGAAGAUCAGAAGAACAGUUAUUGACUGCUUUGAGAGAGCAAGCUUGCCUAGUGUAAGUGAGGAAGAGAAGAAGAGAAUCCUUCAUUUUGCUAUUGUUGGAGGUGGUCCGACCGGGGUGGAGUUUGCAGCCUCUCUUCAUGACUUCGUCAAUGAAGAUUUGGUCAAAUUAUAUCCCGGUAUAAAAGAUUUGGUUAAGAUUACGCUUCUGGAGGCAGGGGAACAUAUUUUGAGCAUGUUUGACAAAAGAAUCACUUCUUUUGCUGAGGACAAGUUCCGAAGAGAUGGCAUCGAUGUGAAAACUGGAUCCAUGGUUGUGAAGGUAUCUGAUAAAGAAAUUUCGACUAAAGAAAUGAAAAAUGGAGGAGAAAUCACUACAAUGCCAUAUGGAAUGGCUGUCUGGUCAACUGGCAUUGGAACUCGUCCAUUUAUUAGAGAUUUUAUGACACAAAUUGGCCAGAUUAACAGGCGUGCUGUUGCUACCGAUGAAUGGUUGAGAGUUGAGGGAACCAACAAUGUGUAUGCACUUGGAGAUUGUGCUACAAUAAACCAGCGAAAAGUCAUGGAAGAUAUUGCAGCAAUCUUUAAGAAGGCGGACAAAGACAACUCAGGAACCCUCACGGUCAAAGAAUUUCAAGAGGUAUUGGAUGAUAUCUGUGAGAGAUACCCUCAGGUAGAACUGUAUCUGAAGACUAGACAAAUGAAUGAUAUUGCUGAUCUGUUGAAAGAAGCCAAGGGAGAUGUUGCAAAGGAAUCUAUUGAGCUGAGUAUCGAAGAACUAAAAACUGCACUUUCUAAAGUGGAUUCUCAAAUGAAGUUUCUUCCUGCUACAGCACAGGUUGCAUCUCAGCAAGGCACCUACCUUGCCAAGUGCUUUAAUCGGAUGGAAGAGUGUGAAAAGAAUCCAGAGGGUCCUAUCAGGUUCAGGGGAGAAGGACGCCAUAGGUUCAAACCCUUCAGGUACAAGCAUUUAGGUCAAUUUGCUCCUCUGGGAGGAGAGCAGGCAGCUGCACAGCUUCCUGGUGAUUGGGUUUCAAUUGGUCAUAGCACUCAAUGGCUUUGGUAUUCUGUCUAUGCAAGCAAGCAAGUUAGCUGGCGCACACGGGCAUUAGUUGUAUCAGACUGGACAAGGCGUUUUAUUUUUGGAAGGGACUCAAGUCAAAUCUGAGAGCAUCGUCAUAAAUUUUUAAGUCAAAACUGUAAUGGCAAUAUUGCAGGGCUGUUCAAUCUUGAGUUUACUUUGAUGUAGGAAAAUUUUUGUGUUCAAUUCCUGAUUCUUUGAAUAAAUGCACUAGCAGUUCCCAUGUCACAGGCACAGCUGCUCUUUUCUCUCAUCAUGCUUUUUACCACUCGCAGCAUUAGUGGGUCUCCGAGUUUUGCUGUUGUAUUUCGGAGAUGCUUGGUGACUUUAGCCUUUCAAAGGCCUUAGGCCUUAUCAUUCAUGCGAUGAAUACAGACUAUAGUUAUGUUAUGUAUUCCCAUUUGUUGAGUUUGUUGCUCAAGGAAAUAACAAUAAGUUAACGGAGACACAGAUGAGUUCUUUGUCUGGAAUGAAUCAUUUUGUUUCUCA